GGAGGGAGGUGGCGGCGCCGUGGCGGAGGAGCAGGAGCAGGAGGGGGAUGGAGAGGAGAAGGCUCCUGGGUGGCAUGGCGCUCCUGCUCCUCCAGGCGCUGCCAGACCCCCUGUCAGCCAGGGCUGAACCCCCGCAGGGUUGUUGGCUGCCCAACCUCUUUGAGAGACUACUCGGGCACUCUGAAUUGGGUUCUUGUGAGCUGGUGCCAGAAGAGUGAUGUUUCAGGGCCCGGACAAGGAAACCUGUGUGGGUACCAACAAUCAAAGCUACAUCUGUGACUCAGGACACUGCUGUGGACAGUCUCAGUGCUGCAACUACUACUAUGAACUCUGGUGGUUCUGGCUGGUGUGGACCAUUAUCAUCAUCCUGAGUUGCUGCUGUGUCUGCCACCACCGCCGAGCCAAGCAUCGCCUUCAGGCCCAGCAGCGGCAACAUGAAAUCAACCUGAUCGCCUACCGGGAAGCCCAUAAUUACUCAGCGCUGCCAUUCUAUUUCAGGUUUUUGCCAAACUAUUUACUACCUCCUUAUGAGGAAGUGGUGAACCGACCUCCAACUCCUCCCCCACCUUACAGUGCCUUCCAGCUACAGCAGCAGCAGCUGCCUACACCAUGUGGCCCUGUAGCAGGCAGCCCCCCAGGCACUGACCCCACCCGGGACUCUCAGGGGCCACCUAGCACCCCCCUGUCUGGGCCCAGCAGGAGCAGUACAAGACCCCCGAGCGUUGCCGACCCUGAGCCCUCUGUGGUGCCAGCUGCCCCAGCAGCCACCAAAGCCCCUGGCAUGGAACCCAACGGCUCUGUGGCCGGCCUGGCAGAGCUAGGCCCAGGGGCCUUCCUGGACAAGGAUUCUGAAUGUAAGGAGGAGCUUCUAAAAGAUUACAACUCCGAGCACGGUGGCACCCUCCCAGACAGCAAAGACAAGACGCCUAGCAGACAUCGCCGUUUCACGGGCGACUCGGGUAUUGAGGUGUGUGUGUGCAACCGGGGCCACCACGACGAUGACCUCAAGGAGUUCAGUGCGCUCAUCGAUGACACUCUGGAUGGGCCCCUGGACUUCUGUGACAGCUGUCACGUGCGACCCUCUGGUGACGAGGAGGAAGGCCUCUGCCAACCCUCUGAGGAGCAGGCCCGAGAGCCUGGGCACCCCCACCUGCCACGGCCCCCCGCGUGCCUGCUGCUGAACACCAUCAAUGAGCAGGACUCCCCCAACUCCCAGAGCAGCAGCUCCCCAAGCUAGAGCAGGCCCAGCCUGUGCCCGAGAACUUGGUAAAACAACCAGGGUGGGGAGGAACCACGCAGGAAGCCAGAGAAGCAUUAACUUUCAGAAAGUGGUAUUGCCACUUUGUGCUUUUUUUUUUUCUCUUUGUCUUUUUUUUUUUUUUUUGCCUCUCCCCCCCCCCCAUUUUCCUACAUCUCCAGGUACAGUUAGGGGCGGACACCUCUCCCCAUGCAGAAGCACAGUGUUGCGGCGGGGCUGAGAUGUUAGUUCUGCGACUCAUUCCUCGUGUCCCACCCUUGCCUCUAGGUCCCCUUCCCGAGUGAUGCCUCACCAUGUGCCUGGGUGAGAGAGAUGCCUACUUUAGAAGUCCCCAAGCAAGGGAGCCGAGCCUGACCCCGAGGUGACUCCUGGUGAUGGAGCAGAUUUAGGGUCUGGUGUGAGUUUAAGACAACCUCGCUGUGUUUCAGUCGGGAGAACCAGGAGGUCUUGGCCGGGGAUUGCCACCUCACACUGCCAGUUUCUGCAGAGCUAGAAUCAGGUUAAGCCUGUGGGUAGUUGUAGACUGGCAGGGGAUUGACUGCCCUCAAAGUCUUGGUGAUGUGAUGGGGCCAUCCCCGGGCAUCCUGGAGGAGCCCCUUCCAGCAGGGUCUGGCUAGCUGUAGGCCAGUUCAGGUAUGGAAGAUUAUACUGCCUCCCUUUUGGCUUUUUCUUGGGAAAACAAAAGUAAGCUGAAAACAAGAACAUUGUAUUAGUAGCCAAGCAAGUGCUCUCUUCUGGAAAGAGGAGGACUGUGGCCUUUUUCCAAGUCGACCUUCAAAGAGUGGCUAGAGCUGAACCAGGAGACAUUUUGUGUGCAGGUUCUGGGUGUAAGAAGAAGCCUUACAACCCAAACGUCCGUGGGUGUGCAGGAGCCCUAAGACAUGGUAGUAGUCACUCUGCCGUUUGGUCUGUGCCCACAGGGGUGCGGUGUGGGCAGUGCCCUCACCCAGCCCCACACACAGUCUGUGAGUCUUUGUGCCUCACGGUUCAGCAUGAACAAACAGGCUACGGAUCUUGACAAAGGGUGGUCCUAUAGCUUGACCCUCACACAGUAUUUUCUCCUUGGUUUUGAAGAAGUUGUUUGUUAUUAAUAUUAUUUUUUUCUAACUGACCACUUGGCAAGCAAUGCCUUGGUUAUCUGUGGUGUUCAUGCCCUUUCCCUGCCCCUCUCCUCUUAGAGUGGGGUGUCUAGUUUUUAUAGCUUGUGUAAAGAGCAAAGGCUCAGGUAGAAGGGAAAAGUCAGCAGGAUCCUUAUGAUGGUAGUUUGGCUUCAGAUAACCAGUGAAACUCUUUAGGAAUAGUCUGAAUGGAGAAAACAUACAGCCGAAAAUAACAUUCCCUGUCAGCCUUGCUUAUGUGGAGAGUUUGGUUAUUCCUAGACUCUUGAGCAACGAUAGUCAGACUAGGCACUGAUGUCAUGGUAAAAAAGGAGAAAACGCAUGUGCGCGCACGCACGCACACGCGCACACACACGCACACACCAAAUCCAAGGAUGUAAGGCAAAUGAGUGUCUGCAUUUGGAUUCCACUAAACCAAAAUCUGAAUUGAACAAAGUGAAUUCUGUACACAAUGACUUUUUUGAAUAACCUGUAUGUGUCUGUCCAUCGUGUGUGAGCCCCCAGCCCUGUUUUCCUGUGAAUACACUUUGAGUGGCAGCCAUUCUGCUGGUGUCCACCCCACAUUUGGAGCAGACAUGGCCCUCUCAAGGUAAUUUAUUUUACGCAUUUACUGUUUACUAAACAAGUGUCUGACUGUGUGUACCCUGCUGUCUUUAGCAGCAGCAUCGACGGCAGUCCCCUGUGUUUGUCAGAGAUACUGUGCUCCAAGUAGAGGUUUUACUCUACCAUCACUGCAAUUUGCACAUUGCUCCAUGGACACUGUUCCCUGUACAAGGAAACAAGCUCCAAACCUGUCUGCCUCCCUCAGCCGCUCCUGGCCCUCAAGAUCCACCCCUAGGAGGGGGUGUUCACCUGUUGGAAUUGCAGGCUGAAGCAUGACAGACUCUUCAGUGACAAGUGGGGACUGCCUGUGGCCCAGGAGUGGGUCCCGCCCAGAAUCACCAGAAGGGUUUAGGGAACAACACGGUGCCACCGGGCCUACCUCUCUCCGAGGCCCACCAGGUGCCUGGUGAAGGUGGGUGGUUGCGUACCCACAGACGCCUUUCCUCCCACCUGACCAAGAUGUUCCCAACAACCCUUCAAAGUGUCUGAGAGAUCAAGUUUUACCGAAAUGAAUCCUUCAGCUAAUUGCUCAAAUGGAUGUCAGACCCCCUCAAGUCUCCCUCCUGGUUUAGGCUGGGUAACCAGUGUGAGUGUUAACUGUUGGAUUUGCUGUCCUCCCUGCCUGGAGUGAGAGGAAAAUGCAGCUGGUGGAGCCGGUCUUGUCCCCAGCAUCCUAGCCUAGUCCUCACCACAGGAAGCCAUCUGCAUGGAGAAAGACGGAGGGGGCUAUAUAUUGGGAGGGGGCUAUAUGGGGGAUAAAGGACUUAGUUAGGGGCCAGGGAGAUGUGAAUGAGAAGGAAGGGGUUGGUUGAGGGUUUGGUGCUACAGUCAGAAGAUUUGCAAAUGCUAACACAUUCCUGUGUGAGGCACAUCACCAUUUGUCAGUUAUUGUGAAUAUGUGUAUUUUAAGCAAUAAGAUUCAGCUGGCCAGACUUUUCUGGGCAGUCUCGGUGACGCAUUUCCUGUGCUGUGUUUGUUCCGAAGACGGAGUGGCUCUAACCACUGUGAGAAGCCCAAAUAAAAGCAAUCCCCCAAAUUCAAA